AUGUUCGCCACCACCAGGGGGCAUGCAUGCCGUGCGCGGCUCUUUGUUCCUCCGAUCCCGUACGAGACCUUCCUCCUCUCUGCGUCCCCACUGCGCACGCACGUCACGACGUCGACAGAUCUCUUCCCGAGCGUCACGCCGCCAUCUCCGCGCGCGGAUGAGCCUCCGCAAGUCACGCCCACGCUGCUUGACCGCCUCCCGCCGCCAGAGCACCGCGAGAAGUACCUGCGCGCGCUCAGCGAGACCAUGAUGCUUCACCCGUGUUUUAACGUGCGCCACUUUGAGCAGCGCGUCGGGGCGAUGUGCGCGUGGGGCGAGGUCGGCCCGUCUGCUCCUGCACCCGCACCCGCAGGUGGGAACGCGUACGGCGGGUCUGGCCCGGCGGGCACGAUGAAGGCGCUUGCGCACGAGCUGUUCUUUGGCGCGCCGCCGAAGCCGGGAAAGCAUGCGGGCGGCAGGGAGGCGGCGCCGCCGCGUGCCGGGGCUCCGAAACCGACGUUGAGCUUCUUCGCUGCUGCCGCAGCGGCGCUCGCGCUUGGUGCACUGGUUUCGCGGGAUGCUGAUGCGCCAAGCCCUCCCCCAGAUGCGGCUGGCGAGGGCGAGAACGCGGCAGGCCAAGACGGGCAGGACCACCGGUGUAGCCCGGCGGCACUGUUCGCGCUGUCUGAGCAGGCGCUGGGCUUGUACGAGCGCACGGCGCUGUACGAUCUGGACAUGCUGAUUACGAUGAUCCUGCAGAUCCUGUAUCAGCUGCAUGAUGGACAGAUGAGCGUCGCGCAGGGUGUGUUCCCACUGGUGGGCAAGAUGAUCAAUGUCGCGCGGAUGAUGGGACUCGCGAUUGAUCCCGACGAGUUCCCGGGUACGUACAGCCUGUUCGAGGCGGAGACGCGCCGCCGGAUCUGGUGGGACGUGUUCUACUACGACUUGUUCGUUUCGGACUGCAUGGGGCAUCCGCCGCUGAUCGCGGACAAUUCGUUCACGACUCGCAUGCCUGCGGAGGUCGACGAGGAGCACUUCAACCCGUCGUCGAUGUCCCUGCCCGUGCUCCCUGCGGGCGAGAGCCUCGAGAAGGGCACGCAGUACUUCGUGCUCAAGUGUAGGUGA